AGAACAACAUUACCAGGAAAAUGCAAUGUUGGACCUGGACAACACCCUGGGAAGCAUCCAACCACUGUCUUCUGUUCCUAUCGUUGACUUUUUCUCUCCCCCGUGUAAACCUUGAAACAAAACACACACCCUUGUAAUAAACACAUGAAGAAACAGGUUCAUGAAGAAACAAGUUCAUGAAUCAGAGCUAGAGAGCUGACCAAUCAGCUUGAGAUUCACAAGUUUGAAUCUUUUUGUGACCUCAGGUACUUUCUAAGCUAGCCCUUUUGAUUCUUGUUGUUUUUUUUUACUGCUAAGUUAUGGUGAAAGAUAGAGAAAAUUCUAGUGAUAGCAAGAAGAAUCAGUUUGUUUUUGGUGAAAGUAAUGGAGGCCCAGAUGAAAAGAUUGGAUUUUUUGAAAAGGGUAUUAAUUUUCUUGGAAAAUCAGAUAAAGAUUGUGAUGGGUCUCAGUUAAAAUCCUUGAAAAUUGGGUCUUCUGGCUCUCAAGAACUCACUCUUAGUUAUCUGUGUGAUAAUUCCAAGUUGGGUUUUCUUGAUAAAGAGAUUUUGUUGAGUUCUAAUGAGAAAGUGAGUGGUAAAGGUAAAGAAAUUGUUUCUGAGGAUCAGAAUCAAGGAAAUGGUAGAUGGGUGGAGAGAGAUUUUUUACAGCUGAGUAAUGAGAAUAGGGGAAGUUCUUUGAAAAGAGAGGUUGAGGAUGAUGAAGUCGAUAGGGAAAUUAGGGAAAAGAAGCCGAAGAUAGAAACUCUUAAUCUGUCUUUAGGUUUGUCUGAUGCAUCAGAUAAUAUGCAAAAUGUUGAGCCUCCAAUUCGGGCGAUGCCUAGUAGGAGUGUACAAUCGUUAGCACCUUCGAAUAAUAAUACACAAACCACAUACUCAAAUGAUUUUAGUGCUAAUUCAGCGUCGUAUUCAUAUUCACACCCGUUUUCGCACAACGCUAGUUGCUCGCUUACCCGGAACUCAACUGAGUAUUAUGAGAAUUCGGUUGGUAGUCAUAGGAGAGACUGUGAUUAUAUAUGGAAUGCUGGGGAGGGGACCAAUGGAUCGGUUCAUAGUCGAUUUAGGCCGGUUGGGGAUGGAGUUGCACUUGCCAAUCAUGGUACUGGCAUUUUACAGCCGACGCAAGGUAAUAAUCCAGUCAACAAGGAUUCAUCUAACAGUCUUCGUAGGACAACAAGCUCUGACACCCAAUCAUUUUUCCCAUCUGAAUUGCCUGCAAGGCCUCAGAUGGACACACAUUCAGGUGAUUCCAGAGGACAAGGAUCUGAUCAAAUAAGAGGUGUAGAGAAUUCAGAUGGAGGGAGAGGUAGGAAGCUUUCAAGACCUGAGAGGAUUCUCCGUGAAAUAGUAUCGGAAUCUGUUCCUGUCAUGGCACGGAUAAUUCAAGAGAUUCCUGAUGAACUAGUGGAGUCCACCAAGGAAUACUUGAAGAAUGUAAUUACCACCGCUGAUAAGAAAGAUGAACUAGUACGCCUUCAGAAUAGGCUAGCAAGAAGAUCUGACUUUAGCAAUGAAAAUCUUUCAAAGUCCAAUAAAAACCAACUUGAAAUGUUGGUUGCUAUAAAGACGGGUCUCGAGAGCUUCUUAUCCAGCAGACUUCGCCUUUCUGUAACAGAGUUGGUAGAAAUUUUCAUGCUAGAAAGGUGUCGGAAUGUGAAUUGUAAAAGGGUAUUGCCUGUUGAAGAUUGUGAUUGCAAGAUUUGCUCAACAAAAAAGGGUUUCUGCAGUGAGUGCAUGUGCCCUGUGUGUUUCAAAUUUGACUGUGCCAGUAACACUUGCAGUUGGGUUGGAUGUGAUGUAUGUUCCCAUUGGUGCCAUGCAGCGUGUGGAAUUCAGAGUAAUCUCAUAAGGCCUGGUCCUAGCUUGAGAGGUCGCCCUGGGACUACUGAGAUGCAAUUUCACUGUCUAGGCUGUGAUCAUAAUUCUGAAAUGUUUGGCUUUAUUAAGGAUGUAUUCAAUUCAUGUGCCACCCAAUGGGGUCUAGAAACCUUGGUCAAAGAGCUUGAAUGUGUUGGGAAAAUCUUUAAGGACAGUGAAGAUUUCAAAGGUAAAGAGUUGCUUGUGAAGGUUGAGGAGAUGCUAUUAAAGCUCAAGAAUAAGAUGAUUUCCCCUUCAGAUGCCUGUAUUUCCAUCAUUCAGUUCUUCACAUAUGCAGAAGGUAUGUCAGAUAUUCCCUCUUUGAGUAUCCAAGCGAAGGACUUGGCAUCCAUUCAAACUACCGUGCAAAAAGAUUUGGCCCCACUGCCAAGAUCCGACUCUCUUCUUUCAAAAUCCCCUUUCUACAAUGGUGGGUACUCAAUUGCAAAAAAGGACUUGUUGCCGCACGAUCUGCAUCAGAAUGAUAUUAGCACUCCUCUUAUGAGUGACAAAGUAAUUGAAGAUGAGUGGUCAGUAAAGUUGCCUAAGAAAGAUGGCUUUGAAAGCUUAGAAAGUGUUGUACGAGUAAAGGAUGCAGAAGCAAGAAUGUUCCAGAGUAAGGCUGAUGAAGCAAGGAAAGAAGCAGAAGCGUACAAAAAGAUGAUUAGGAUAAAGAAUGAGAAGUUGGAUGAAGAAUAUGCCGAGAAUCUGGCUGCAUUGUGUUUACAGGAAACCGAGGAAAGGCUAAGGAAAAGACUGGAGAACCUAAAGGCUCUGGAAGAUUCACAUUGUGAUUACUACAAGAUGAAAUUGAGAAUGCAAACCGACAUUGCUGGUUUGCUGGAGAGGAUGGAAAGCACAAAGCAGCAAUGGGUAUAAACCAUUAUCUUUUAGCCUCUUAUUCGGUAACAGUGAGUCUACUGACAUGACUAGUGAAGUAGUUUUUCCCCCUUGUGUUUUUUUAAUAUCGGAUAUUGUUUUUCUAGAAUCUGAAAACUCAUUGUUGUUCUGUUGGAAGUUUUCGGAUUUGUAGUUGGUGCAGCGAACAGCAAAAUCUUUGUUUGGUCGAAUUUUUUUUUUUGUUAACUGCCUUUAAUCCUCA